AUGCUGCUGCUCGCCGUCGUCCUACUGGCGGCCGCCGCGGCGGCCACCGACUUCCGGAGCUGCACCAACACAUCGGCUCCAGUGGACCUGAGAAUCUCCGGAUGUAGCGAGGGUCCUUGCAAUUUCACUUCCGGCGAGCAGGUGUCAGGCGAGGUCACCUUCAAAGUCGACCACGAGAUCACGAUGCUGGCGCCGCGGCUGAGGGAGAAGGUGCUGGACGACUCUAGCGACCUGCCCCUGGCGCAGUCUGACGGCUGCCAGAGCCUGCUGCAGGCCUCCUGCCCCAUCGAGGACGGCGAGACCGUCACCUACCAGCUGCGCUUCCACAUGCCCGCCAUCAACAUCAAGUCUCCGGUGUUGAUCACUUUCUCCAUGGCCGACCAGAGAUCCACGAGUGUCACGUGCUUCAGCAUCGCCGGCAACAUCGUGUGACACGGCCUGCGACCGGCGACAUCGUGUGACACGGCCUGCGACCGGCGACACGAAGACCACGCCUCGAGGCCUGUCGCGUCGCGCUGCCCUUCGAUCCGGAGAUCCGGAGAUCUCGGCUCCUAGAACGAUCUGAAGAUCAAACCCUCCAACCGUUGUCCCAAAAAAAAAUAUAUUCGCUCGCUUGGAACAAAGUUCACACAUCUGCAAACUGCGGCAACAGCAUCGUAGAAAUGUAAGGUGCAUUUCUAUUUUGUGGUCUGGAACAAUUUGAAGUCGCUUGCAGUCGGUUGUAACGCGGCAGGAAAAUAGUCGAUGCGGUUGCCACGAGUUGCCAUGACGACAAUGAUAGGCCCUGCUUCAUGGUGAACCUAAGCCGACGGCAGUUCCCCCCCCCCCUCCCCCUUCCCUUCCGCAGCAGGAAGAUUCUUUUAAACCUUCUGCUGUUGCCACCAGAGAGGCCUUUUCCACCUCACCAGAUGCCUCUUUGACAACACCAGAGGAUGUCGAGGUACGAGGAUUCCCUGGCAGAGUCUUCUUUGGUAAACGCCGCUGGUACCACGAGGAGGUAGUGAGUUGUCUUGGUGUUAGCUUUGAAUAUAUAUACUGUAUAGGAGUGCGGGGAAUGACAGCGGGCGACAGUGCUGCGCUCUAACGUGUAAAUAACAACUAAGACGAUACAGGGCGUUACGGCAGCGCACUGCAGCGGUGAAGUUCCCAAGCUGCUCAUCAUACGCUUCUGAAAAACGUAGAGUAAAUCCUAUCCACUCGCGACUUCUAUACAGUAUAUAUAUUCAAAGGUGUUAGAGAGGCUAUGUACGCGCACAAUACACCCUUGCCGUGAACCUGGAUUCAGUCUCGGAUACCGGAGCCGGCGACAGACCCGACACCUCCGAGCAAACACGCACCUUCCCCCUGCAGGGGCCAGGAUCAGAAGAAGAAAAAAAACUAGUUCAUUAACCAAACUCAAGCCGUAACUCUGACGGUGCAUAAGGCCAUAAGAUAAGAGCGGCCACAAUCGCGAACAUUAAUCGCGAGCGCAGCCGACGUCAAAGGCGCGGUGUCUGUCUCCCUCCAUGUUGUUGCUCUACGACCUCGUGGACUCUAUGGCGGUUUCUACCCGGGAAGGGGGGGGGGGAGUCCUGCGCCAAGCCUGUUUCACACGUACACUGAUGACGCCGAGCGGACAACGAACAACGAACCAUAGAGCAGACCUCGUUUUCCACUGGAGCCUUAGAGGGUUAACGCCGAAGCCAAUUCACGACCCCAUCACUGAACUUUUAAUUUUCCAAACAACUGCCAAGGAGGCAACGCGGUGCGUAACAUGCACUUGACUUUUUUUUUAAGUUACGCUAUAUUAUAGCACUUCAUCUGUCUGAGUUUAAAUUUUUUAAAAAUAAUAGUACAUAAAAUAUUUACGACGUUUGAAUUUUAAAUCCCUGCCGAUACAAUUAUGUACGUUUAUCAUUUACUGCAGGGAUUAACCAAGGGGUGGGAUACAGUGAUAUAUUCCCUCCCAAAUUCCACGGAAUAUAGAUUUAAAUUUCUACUUUAAAAUUUGCGUUUGUAUUUGAUUAAACGUAAAAAAAAAGCACUUCAUAGUUUGCCAAAUUAAAAAAAAAAACAGCAGAAUUUAAAACAAAUACAUUAAAUGCUACUGAUAAUAUAAAGUUUUGGGAGACAAUACAAAAAAAAUCCCUUUGGUUUAUUGAGUCCUUGAUUUUUAUUAAUGAAAAUGAAGAAUCCCAUACAACUAAUGGAUUGCUUGUAGUUAUUACAUUUAUUUAUACCGCUACGAAAUGAAUGAGGGACUACUGAUGCUCUUUUUCUAAGUACAUUUUUAACUGUAGUCAAUUUUCGGAAGUAUCAUUGAAUAUAUUUUUGUGUUUAUUUUUCUACCAUAGACAUAACAAAAAUUAAUAUAUUAACUAUUGAUGUUUAGCAGUAAAAUUGAUAAAAUAACUGUAGACAUUUCUUCCACAUUAAUUUGAAGAUAGCGCUAGCAAGAAGCACUCACUAUCCAUAAUUCUAAAUCUACAUGAUACUGAUAUUUUUGCAACGUCAGGAAUGAAAAGUAUUUUCACAAAAAACCCUGUUUGAUAAUUAAAGAUCUGUUACUUGUUUAUCUUUUUUUGUAUUCUGAAAAUAAAAACAUAAAAUAACACAA